AUGCCCACCACUGCAGUGCCAGACGUCCACAGCUCACCACACGCACCGCGGCCCGCCAUACCGAAGGACACGCGAGCCGGCACACCUUCCGGGGCCCCUAGUGAAUCAACCAGCACCGAUAUCGAGCUCGCGGGGCGCGGGUCGACAGAGGAAGACAAGCCGACUUCGGGGGACGACACGCGGGCACCGACGCCCGCGCUGCCCGUCGACGAGCCGCCGAACGGCGGCGCCGAGGCGUGGCGCGUCGUCGCGUGCGCGACCAUGAUCGCGUUCUGGUUCGUCGGCACAGGCUACUCAUGGGGCGUGAUCCAGCGCGCGUUAGUCGACAAGGGCUUCGCGUCCGCGUCGACGCUCGCCUUCGUGGGCUCCAUCUCGAUCGGCAUGAUGGCCUUCCUCGCCAUCGCGAACGCGCGCCUCGUGACGGCCAUCGGGCCGCGGUACAUGGCCGUCGCGGGUGUGCUGUUCAUGUCGGUUGCCGAGGUGCUCGCUGGCACGGCUGUGCAGCACAACUCGCUCCCUGGCCUGUUUCUCACCGCUGGCGUCAUGCUGGGUAUCGGCUGCAGCUUCUCCUUCAUGGUCAUCAGUGUCACGCCAGCACAGUACUUCACCACGCGGCGAGGUACUGCCGUCGGCACUGUCUUCGCGGGCGGCGGUAUCGGCGGCGCGGUCCUCUCGCUCGCCCUUGAGAAGAGCAUUCGGAACCUCGGUAUCGAGUGGACGUUCCGCGUCGUCGGCAUCGCGUUGGCCGUGUGCUGUCUCCCCGCGGCGUGGGGCCUCAAGGAGCGCACCACUGUUGUCCGCAAGGUCCUCAUCGACUGGUCGCUGUUCAAGUCGUGGGACUUUGUGCUCCUCUUCCUGGCGGGUGCGCUGGGCACGUUUCCGCUCUUCGUCCCGCCAUUCUUCUUGCCGUUGUAUGCCCAAUCCCUCGGCCUGUCGACCUCGACCGGCGCCGUCACCGUCGCAGUGUUCAACUUCUCUUCGGCGGUCGGUCGCUUCCUCACAGGGUUCGUUAGCGACCGGCUCCUCGGACCGAUCAACACGCUCUUUGCAGUGCUCUUCAUCACCGGCUUCUCGCUGCUCGCCCUGUGGCCGUCGUCCGUCUCCCUUGCCCCGCUCAUGGUCUUCGUCAUAAUCAACGGUACCGCCAGCGGCGGCUUCUUCGCCAUCAUGCCGACGGUCGUCGGGAGCGUCCUCGGCAUGCAGCGCCUCGCGGUUGCAUUCGGUAUGAUCGUCACCGGAUGGGCAGGCGGAUAUACCAUGGGCUCCCCAAUCGCAGGCUACCUCCUCGGGGCGUACGGCGGCGCCGGCCGCGGCAUCGCUGCCUACCGCCCCGCAGUGUUCUUCGCCGGCGCAAUGGCCAUGGGCGGUGCGCUCAUGGUCGGCAUCCUCCGCUGGCGAAAGAGCCCACAAUGGAAGAUCAAAAUGUAG